GCAUUGGGAGGAUUUCUUGGGGGCGGGGGAGUUCGCGGCGUUUGGCGUCGGCUGCGCGUGGCGCUCCCAGAGUUCGCUGAGGGGCAGAGCUGUCGCCUCCCGGAUUAGAAGCGCAGCCAACAUGAGCGGCAAAGAAGGAGCAGGUGGUUUCAGAAAAAGAAAGCAUGAUAAUUUCCCCCAUGGCCAUCGAAGAGAAGAAAAGGAUAAUAUUAAUUCUUCUUCAACUGUAUUUAUGUCUUUCAAAGCAUUUCAGCUGGAGCUUGAUACAAGACAUGAUAAAUAUGAACGGCUUGUGAAACUUAGUCGUGAUAUAACAAUUGAGAGUAAAAGGACCAUAUUUCUAUUGCAUAGGAUCACUAGUGCUCCCAGUGGGGAGGAAAUAUUAAUGGAAUCUGAAGCCAAAUUAGAUAUAGUGAGACAGAAGAUAAAACAAGUUGCGCAAGAAUUGAUGGGAGAGGAUAUGUACCAGUUCCACAGAGCCAUCUCUCCAGGACUUCAGGAAUAUGUGGAAGCAGUCUCAUUCCAGUAUUUUAUUAAAACCCGAACAUUAGUCAGCAUAGAGGAGAUCAAUAAGCAGCUUAUAUUUGUGGCAGAAGACAAAAAAGAAGAAACAAAGCCUGCCUCUGAUUGUCUCAGUACACACAGCCACAUUUGGAGCCUGAAGGUGACUCCUGUAGAUUACCUCCUGGGAGUGGCUGAUCUGACUGGAGAGCUGAUGAGAAUGUGCAUCAACAGUGUUGGCAAUGGUGACAUAGAUACUCCAUUUGAGCUGAGCCAGUUCCUGCGUCAGAUAUAUGAUGGCUUUUCAUACAUCGGCAACACUGGACCAUAUGAAGUUUCUAAAAAACUCUAUACCUUGAAGCAGAGUCUAGCCAAAGUGGAGAAUGCAUGCUACACAUUGAAAGUUAGGGGGUCUGAGAUACCAAAGCACAUGCUAGCAGAUGUGUUUUCCACCAAAACAGAAAUUAUUGAGCAAGAAGAUGGGCUUCCUUAAAACAACAGGAACAUCAUGACCAAAAGGGAGAGCAACUGUAAAGUCAGAAUUGCAAUAAUUAAGAUUUGCUUGCUAGAAGUCUUAGAAGUAUGUAUGUUUGUUUAAAACCUGGUAAUGUUUUAGGGUCAGCUGAAGAAACAGGAUAAUGUGUAUCCUAAAACUAUUAUUGCAUAAAGGAUGAACGAGCCUAUCAGGCUGAUUGUUCAGUGAGAGAUUUGUAGUCACAAAUGUCACUGUUGAUAUUUUUAAUAUGAUUGUUUUUUAGUGUUGUGGACCCCCUGAGCUUACUUUAGCAUUGCAACCAGGCCUCUAGUAGGCAAAACACAAUGAAUGCUGUAAUAUUUCUUCUUUUUAUUUCUCUUUCCUUUUUGUUAAGUGGCCCAUGUGUGUGAUGAUGAUAAAGAGGCAAUUGUAUUGGAAUCCAAUGUGCUGAUUCAAAGAGAUUAAUGAAAACAAGAGGAAACAUUUUUGUUAAGGGGAAAAUAUCUUGUCAAAAUCCUGUAUUGUGUUAUUUUCUGUAGAAUUUGAUAACCUGUGAAAAAGUCUUGUAGUCAGAUUCAGAAAUUAAGUUGACUGGGGAUAAAUCAAGGGGAGGAUUCAGAAUUAUAUGUCUAAAAAAACAGAAAACUAAUAUACAAAGCAAAAUGUUUUAGACAAAACCCCCGUAAAUUUGCCGGUACACACAGGAAAUAUCCAUAAAGUGUGUGUAUCAUUUUGUGUUCUUCAGAUAGUAUGCUGUCAAUAUAAGAUGUGUUCAGUGAAUCACUCAUUCCAAAUUAAAAGUACCCCCCUACAUAUAGGUAAUGGUUCUGAUCCUAAGCAGCAUGAAUCGCAUGUGAUAAGCAAAGUACAAAGAACUCCCCUGGCUGCUCCCUUCAUUUGCAGCCUUCUGUCUCCCUCCCCAAUUUGUGUUCCAGUAGGUCAGUGGACUCCUGAGAACAUUGAAGAGGGAGUUUGUAGGAAGGGGAAUUGCCAAUCCCUCUUUUCUUUUCCACAAACUAAAAUGCCAUUUCAUCAGAGGAAAGAUACCUUAGGAUCUAUUUCAGGAAAUUUUGUAAUGGGAAAAAUAAAAGGUAAAAUGUGUGUGCAUAUAUAAAAAUAUUGAAGCAGUUAAGGAACAGAUUUUUCCAUUUCACAAAAAUACUUUCCUCCUCACUUUCAUGUGCUUGUAUAUAGCCAAUAAGAAAGCAUGUUACAGACAAUGUUUUAUAUGACAAGAAUUGCUAGCACUUGUCUAGAGUAAUUAUAGUUUUUAUGUAAUAGUUUAAAAAGGAAUGUUUUCUGUUAUUUAAUAAAGCAAAUAGUGGUGAUACUUUACAUUUUAUACAAUAAACUAGUGAAAAGUGCCUUGUAAUGAAUGUUAGGUUCUAUCUGUUUAGUGUUACAAGUGUUGUAUGUUUGCAUACUUUAAAGUUUUAAUCAGAGGAAUCUUUUGCCAUGAUUUCUGCCAUCUUGGAACAAGUGAAUUUGUUAAAAUAAUCAGAAAUAAAGCUUUCAGAAAUUGA